CCCACACGCUCAUCUGCUUUUCGUGCUCGGAUGCAUCCUCCAACUGGGCCUGCCUGAAGCCUGUCAAGUGCGGGGAGAAUGAAAACCACUGUGUGACGACGUAUGUUGGAGUGGGAAUCGGCAGCAAAAGUGGCCAGUCCAUCUCCAAAGGAUGCUCUCCCAUUUGCCCCAGCGCUGGGAUUAACCUCGGCAUAGCGGCUGCCUCCGUUUACUGCUGCGACUCCUUCCUCUGCAACAUCAGUGGUUCCAGCAGUGUGAAAGCCAGCUAUGCGGUCCUGGCCUUGGGGGUCCUCGUUAGCUUCAUCUACGUCCUCAGGGCUCGCGAGUGA